AUGUCUGAUCGGACCCCUGCUAUCACCUUUCCUGCCGGUCCGCUCUCACCUCCUUCACCUGCCGCGGGAUCAUCUGCUCCUCCAGAGAGCAAACACCUACCUCCCUUCUUGGAUCCCACUCCGCAAACUCCGACAUCGCCUCCGUUGAUGUCGGUCAGCGAUUCGAACAAUGGUUCCAACUUUACAUCCUCCCAAGCACCAUCGAAUCAGGCGACGAUCCACCACAAUUCUGCGCACACCUCUUCCCCUCCCUCCUCUGCUCCCUUGUCAACACAGGCCUCGCAGCCACCUACCCUGAGCGCUACGAACUCUUUCCCCACGCCGGCUAGCAGUGUCAGUGGUCAUCAAGCACAUGCGAACUCCUCCGAGGGGACAGACUUGAAGGCGCCUCAAACCGGCACUCAGGCGAUCCUGUCCACCAUGGAUAAUGGCGCUCAACUCCAGACGGCGGAUCAUACGCGGUUGGACCAUGCCCGCCCACCCGCGUCGACCUCAUUUGCUGCAACUGGUUUGCACGGUGUCGCCGCUGAAGGGAAAUCGGAUCCUGACGCCAUGGAUGUCGACACGGAGCCAGUGUCGCGCGAUGACGCCCGGGAUCUCGGUUUAGACUCGCUCCAGAAGAAUUUCCACUCCGCCUAUCACCUGUGCAAGAGCUCGCCUCCUCCAACGGGUCCGGAUCCCUCUUGGGAUCUGAUCUCUCUCUACGGACUAGGCUCAAUUGCGCAAUCCGUCGCACGGAUUCACCCCGUCACCGGCGAAAAGAUCAACCGGCUGCGGAAGUCAUAUGAGGGUAAACUUAAGCCUAUGGGCCUCGCGGGCAAGAACAAGCCAAUCAAGACGGAUCCAAGCAAGGAAGGCAGCUUGCGAUAUCUCACAUUGUGGCCUGAAGAGGAAUGGCAGAAUCAAAAGGUCUUUGGCAAGCAGAUAAAGACGGCUGAUAUGGAUUCCGCGUUGCUUGGUCUCCAGACGAAGGCGAUGCAACUCCAACCAGGUGUGGCUCCCAACAAUGAUUUCUGGGAAGAUGUGCUGGGCCUGGAGAAACCCAUCAAGGCCCCGGGGCCCGGGGAGUUGGGCAAGAAAGCCACGCCUACCCCCAUUGGCCGACCUGGUGGUCCACCGAUGAUGCCCAGUGGCGCGGGCGCUACCGAUCUGGGCGAUCGAGCACGGCCUAGCCGAGGACGCAAGAGAAAUUACGACGAUAACAGCUUCGUUGGCUAUGGCGAAGGCUACGCUGAUGAUGACGAUGACACCGGUUUCUACUCCAAUGGGGAAGGAAUCGGUAAGAAGAAACGAAAGAAGGAUCACGUUUCCAAGGUUUCCACCCCCAUGUCCGAGCGCAGUGGCAGCUACGGAGUCGGUAUGUUUGGCAUUGGGGCCAGAUGA